UGUGGCAUAUUCUCAGUACAAAGCAAAAAGAGAAGCGUCAAUGCUCGAGACCAUCAAAACUCGUCACGCGUAGAUGAAACAACCUCUGGACCAUGACCAUGAACAUGCCUUUACUAAUGAUGAUUGCCCUAAUUACCUCAAUGUCGUUGUUACUUGCCUCCGGCGAACCGAUCGCAACAACUUUAGACGGCCCGUUCAAGCCAUUGACCCGCCGGUUCGACCCGUCUCUACGGCGAGGCAGUGACGACUUGCCUAUGGACCAUCCGAGGCUGAGGAAGAGAAACGUCAGCUCCGAUUUCCCAGAACAGAUUGCUUUAGCUCUCUCUACUCCAACCUCCAUGUGGGUCUCUUGGGUCACUGGUGAUGCUGUAGUUGGGAAAGAUGUGAAACCGCUUGAUCCUAGUUCAGUUGCUAGUGAGGUUUGGUAUGGGAAGGAGAAAGGGAAAUAUUUGAUAAAAAAGAAAGGGAAUGCAACAGUUUACAGUCAGUUGUAUCCCUUUGACGGUCUCCUCAAUUACACAUCAGGCAUCAUACACCAUGUCCUCAUUGAUGGUCUUGAACCAGAAACCAAGUACUUUUAUAGGUGCGGCGACAGCUCUGUUCCUGCAAUGAGUGAUGAACUUUCUUUUAUGACUUUGCCACUGCCAAGCAAAGACGCAUAUCCUCAUCGAAUUGCCUUUGUUGGAGAUCUGGGUCUUACCAGUAACACAACCACCACCAUUGACCAUUUGAUGGAAAACGACCCUUCGAUGGUUAUAAUUGUUGGGGACUUAACGUAUGCAGACCAGUACCGUACAAUUGGUGGCAAAGGAGUUUCAUGCUUCUCAUGUUCAUUUCCCGAUGCACCAAUUAGGGAGACGUAUCAACCUCGCUGGGAUGCCAGGGGAAGGUUCAUGGAGCCACUAACCUCCAAAGUCCCAACGAUGGUCAUUGAAGGAAACCAUGAGAUUGAGUCUCAAGCUUCCGGAAUCACCUUUAAUUCAUAUUCUGAAAGGUUUGCAGUUCCGUCAAGUGAGAGUGGCUCCAACACCAACUUCUACUAUUCUUUUGAUGCGGGAGGAGUGCAUUUCGUUAUGUUGGGUGCAUAUGUUGACUAUAAUCACACUGGAGCACAAUAUGCAUGGCUAAAGGAAGACUUGUCUAAAGUUGAUCGCGCAGUGACACCAUGGCUGGUUGCAACAAUGCAUCCGCCUUGGUACAACAGCUACUCCUCGCACUACCAAGAGUUUGAAUGCAUGAGGCAGGAAAUGGAAGAGCUUCUCUACCAACACCGUGUUGACAUUGUGUUUGCAGGACAUGUGCAUGCAUAUGAGAGAAUGAACCGCAUAUACAACUACACACUAAACCCGUGUGGGCCAGUUUACAUAACUAUAGGAGAUGGUGGUAACAUUGAGAAAGUUGAUGUGGACUUUGCGGAUGACCCUGGGAAGUGUCCUUCUCCUGAAGACAACAUCCCCGAGAUAGGAGGAUCAUGCCCUUUAAAUUUUACUUCUGGCUCUGCAAAAGGAAAGUUUUGCUGGGACAGACAACCUGAUUGGAGUGCCUUCAGAGAGAGCAGCUUCGGCCAUGGAAUCCUUGAGGUCAUGAAUUCAACGCACGCCCUGUGGAGAUGGCAAAGGAAUCAAGAUGUGUAUAAGGACGACAUCUAUGGUGACCAAAUCUACAUUGUCCGUCAACCAAAUGUCUGCACUUCCCUACAAUUUCGAGGCGAAGAAAGGGAGAAAUCAGGCGGCAACAAGUCUAGGUUUUCCUCUCCCACGUUACUAAUGUUCAUAUGUAUAUUCUUCAUGUUUUGUACUUCUAGGUCCAUUGUUUUUGGACAUGUUAUAUAAAACGCGGGUCAACUAUCAUGGUUUACUUUGUGAUUAAUCUGAAUUUGCUUCGAGUCUCUUUGCCAUU